CAGGCCAGCAAGGACUCCAUCCGCGGCCUGCUCUUCCAGCACUGGAAGGACGACUGCGGGCUCAGCCAGCAGCCUACCACCAUGGACAACGGCGUCCACUUCUCCGCCGGAGCGCUGGAGGGCAUGCGCGAGCGCAUGUUGUGGACCAACGCGGAGCUGUCAGAGGACUCUUUGGGCCGACUGCUCCUGUCGAGUGGAGUGCCGGAGAAUUACUUGGAGGAGUGGAUGAAGAACCCCUGGGUGGAUGGAUGGCACGUAGGCACCAAGCGCGUGUCCGGGCCUCUCUUCGCUGUCACCGAGGACUGCGACACGGUGACUUUCAGGGACUCGGCGAUCCGGUACCUCAGGGAGAAGGGCGUGGGGUUGCACUGCUGGACCAUUGCGGCGAGGCAGAUCCUAAGUAGCAGCGGCAGCGGGCGCUGGACCACCGAGACCAGCGGUGGAGAGAAGCCCAAGAAGAUGACCAUCCUGCACUUCAACGACGUCUACAACGUGGAGGGUAGAGUCAAGGAGCCGGUGGGCGGCAUCGCACGCUUCGUGACGCGCAUACGGGAGCUCAAGGCGGAAUCCAUGGCACGCGGCGAGCACGAGGCGGUGGUACUCUUCAGCGGUGAUGCCUUCAACCCGUCGCUGAUGUCUACUUCGACCUACGGCAAGCACAUGGUUAAGGCGCUGAAUGCCGUAGGCAUCCACACGGCGUGCUACGGGAACCACGACUUCGACUUUGGGGUGGACCAGCUGGAAGAGCUGGCCGCGCAAAACAACUUCCCCUGGCUGAUCAGCAACGUCUCGGACAAGAAGACGGGCCGCCCGUUGGCAAACGGCAUCGUCACGCGCGUCAUGGACUUUCACGGUCGCAAGGUUGGCCUCAUCGGCUUGGUGGAGAAGGAGUGGUUGGUCACCCUGGCCACCAUCAAUCCCAGCGAGGUGGACUACGAGGACUUCGUUCCCUGCGCCCGACGCCUGGCCAAGCAGCUGAAGGCGACGCCUGGGGCCUUUGAAGCGGAUCUCAAGGAGCAAGAGCGCGCGGAGAUUGUCAUCGCCCUGACGCACAUGCGUGUGCCCAACGACGAACUCCUUGCGCAUGAGGUCCCCGAGGUGGACAUCAUCUUGGGCGGCCACGACCAUCACUACGACGUGAAGCCGGUCGGACCACAUGGCACCUUCGUCUUGAAGAGCGGCACGGACUUCAGGGACAUCACCGUCCUGCAGCUGGAGUUCACAGAUGGCGCCUCCAAGCCCUUCCAGGUUACGGAGCACCACCACGUGGAGGUGGACAGCAAGAUAGCGGAGGACCUCGAGAUGAAGGGCUUCGUGGACGAGUGCAUGGGCACCCUCGGGGCGGCCAUGGACAAGCUGGUUGGGGCCACUGCUGUGGACCUGGACAGCACCUUUGCCUCCAUCCGCACCAAGGAGACGAACAUCGGCAACUUCAUCACCGACAUCAUGCGCUUUGCGCUAAAGGCAGAUGUGGCGGUGCUGAACAGCGGAACCAUCCGGGCGGAUGCAAUCAUCGAGAAAGGCGACAUCAAGGUCCGGGACCUGGUGAACCUGCUGCCCAUGCUGGAUGAGCUUUGCUUGCUGCAGCUCACCGGCGCGCAGCUGCUCAACGCGCUGGAGAACUCGGUGUCCCAGUACCCCCGCUUGGAGGGCCGCUUCCUGCAGGUGAGCGGCGUGAGCUUCAGCUUCGACGCCAAGAAGGAACCCAACAAGCGCAUUCUGGAAGGCAGCGUCAAGAUUGGCGCUGAGCCGCUGGUCAUGGAUAAGAACUACAAGGUCUGCACCAAGGACUACCUGAGGCAGGGCAAGGACGGCUUCGACGUCCUGAAAGAGAGCAUCUGCUUGGCGGAUGGAGAAACGGCAGGGAUUCUGCCAUCUGUGGUGAGGGACUGCUUUUCAAGUUUAGACGCGCUCAACGGGGAGAGCGACACGACGAAGCGCUCGUCGACGGAGAAGUCCAUGAGGAUGCUGGAGCAGCUGCGUCCGGUGAAGGUGGGCGACGGCCCGGAGAUGCUGCGGCGCUAUGCCAUCAACCCGGCAGUGGAGGACUUUGCUCCCUUCAAGGAGGAUCUCGCGAAGCCCAUGUCUGCGCGAGCCAGCAGGAUUCACCGCCUCGUGCAGCACUUGGCACCGAAAGCUGCCAGCGGGGAUGUGCGAGCCAAGUCCUUCCUUUACGGGCUCUUGGCGCACCUCGUGAUCGUCCCCGCCUGGGUGCUUCCGCCAGGAGUGCUCUUCGGUUGCCUGGUGGCGGCGGGCGCCCCUUUGGGCGCGCCGGGGAUUCUGUCCACCAUGGGCGUCGGGCUGGGCCUCGUCGCGGGCCCCAGGAAGAUGAGGGCGGUCUUCUGCGGCAUCGCGCUGCUGGUGGCCGCAAAGGCCAAGAGAGCUGGCGCGAUGGGUGCUGCAGCGGUGGCGUCCUUCCUCACCUGGCUGGUGACGCGCCAAGGCGAGAUUCCGCGCAUCCCUUGGCUCUUCCACUUUGUGAGCACCUGGGCCAAGGACUUCUACUCCGAGGCCGCCCUCCGAGGCGCGUUACAGGACAUUCGGCCCAACAAGUCCUUCCUGGGCUUUCACCCCCACGGCGCCUCGUGCGGCGGGACGCACAAGACAAUUUACCGCAAAAGCCAGAAAUUGGCACAUGGCGAGAGCGGCAUAUUUUGA